AAAGUUUGUGAAUUGAGUUUGGCUGGAUUUUCUGAAAGAACAGUCAAGCUAUUGUUAUCCAGUUUGUUUUGUUUGUGUAUAUGUGUGUGCGUGUGUGUGUAUAUGUGUGGUCAGGGGGUACUGGGGUCUGCAUGGUUAUUUAUAUCCUUAGUGUCCUCAAGCAGCUGUUAUGUCCCCUCCCAAGCCCGAACUCUUGCUUGACGUUUCUGUCGUAACGUCCUGCCCCACGUUGAGCCCCACUCAAGACGUCUACCCAUGGAUGUCUACCUGACCACCUGCUUAACAUAACAGAGGGAAUCCGAUGUGUCUACUUUGUGUCUGACAGCUUUUCAUUCUACCCGUUCACCGCAGGGUCCUUGUACCCCCAAAACCUCAACUGGAAAGACUGCCUGCAUUUCACCGAUCCUGCAUUCUGUCUCUCCGCAAGCAAGCUAUCCUCUCCUCUCCAUUCCUUCCCUCUCUUCUCCUGAACUGUCUUUUUCAUCAUGGCAUUCUCAUCUCGUUUCUCAUUUUGGGAGAAAAAGGUGAAAGAUGAAAAUGUCCCGGGUGCAAAAAGCACAAAUUCGGACAGUGAGAACAGUAUGAGCCAGUCUCAGACAGCAGUAAGUGGCUCAACCGAGCGACGCCAAGGUGAACCAUCAACAGUGGUGAAUCCAGCAGUCAUUCCACUGACUGUAGACCAGAGAAGCAGAGACUCCAUGAAUGGGCGACAUGGCAGCAUUGAGUCUGACGCAUUGGCGAGGAGAGGACUGAACUUGGCACCCAAAGCAGGGUCAGAGGAAAAGCCUUCGACAGCCACGUCGGUUCCCAAAACAAGUCGUCCCCUGAAAGCUGGCAGCUCUGGGGAUGGAGAUGCCCUCUCAGCUGGGUUGACCAGCCUAAUGGGCCGCGCAAGGACUAAAGAGCAUCGCUCUCGCUCAAGAGCUGCCGAGCGCAGAGAACCCCAGGAGGAAAGCAAAGAAAAGAUUGGUGAAAUUCAGACGCCCUCAGAAGGACCCCAACCAUCCACCUCUGCAAUCAGUCCACCUCCUAGACCUGACCCUCUUGCCCCUCCAGUUGGCUUUUUACCUUCUAAGCUGAAUCCAGUGGCCAAGCCUGAUCCACUGGCUCCACCAGCUGGUUUCAUUCCGGCUCCUAAACCAAAUCCUUCUGCACAACCUACACCCAAACCUGAUCCCCUGGCACCACCGUCAGGAUUCAUACCAGCUCCUAAACCAAACAUUUCCACUGAAACUACACCCAAGACUGAUCCUUUGGCACCACCGGCGGGAUUCAUACCGGCUCCUAAACCAAACUCUUCCACUCAGCUUAUGCCCAAACCUGAUCCUCUGGCACCGCCAGUAGGAUUCGUUCCCACCCCAAAGCGAGACCCUUUUGCCCCGGUGACAGGAUUUAUCCCCAAGCCCAAGGUUGACCCAUUAGCACCACCUGCAGGCUUUAUUCCUGUACCACGGACCACCGCUGUGCGAAAGCCAGAGGUGAACGGGGUGUCAAAACCUUCAGCGGCUCCUGCAGGAAAACUUCCAUCCCAGAUUUUCACUAUCGCCAACCAACAGGGAUCUCCAGUGAUGCCAACUCAAGGGAAUCAGGCCAAGGCAGCUGAAGAUCCUGUGGCUCUCCUGCAGGCUGCACAUGAAGCUGCCAGUCUGUCUAAGGUGAAGACGGAGGAGCAGCUUGCUGCAGAGAAGGCCUGGUACAACACUGAGAAAGUCUGGCUUGUCCAUAAAGAUGGCUUCUCUUUGGCUACACAGCUCAAGACGGAAAUGGGUUCUCUCCCAGAGGGGAAAGUCAAGGUCAGACUGGAACAUGAUGGGACAGUACUGGAAGUGGAUGAGGAUGAUGUGGAGAAGGCAAAUCCUCUAUCAUAUGAUCGAGUGGAGGAUCUUUCCUCUCUUCUGUACCUGAACGAGUCCAGCAUCCUUCACACCCUUCGUCAGCGCUAUGGUGGAAACCUCAUUCACAGCUACGCUGGGCCAAACCUGCUGGUGAUCAAUCCUCUCAGCACCCCUGCCUUAUACUCAGAGAAGGUGAUGCAGAUGUUUAAGGGCUGCCGGAGGGAGGAAACAGCCCCUCAUAUUUUCGCUGUCGCUCAGUCGGCAUAUCAUCAGCUGCUGACCACACGUCAAGAUCAGAGCAUUGUGCUUCUGGGCAAGAGUGGCAGCGGAAAGACCACUAACUGCCAGCACCUGCUGCAGUACCUGGUCACCAUCGCAGCCGGCAGUGGAAAGGUGUACUCAGCUGAGAAAUGGCAGGCAGUCUACACGGUUUUGGAGGCUUUCGGCAACUGCAGUACAGCUAUGAAUGGGAACGCCAGUCGCUUUUCACACAUAGUCUCUCUUGACUUCGACCAGGCAGGACAGGUGGCCUCUGCCUCUGUUCAGACCAUGUUGCUGGAGAAGUUCAGAGUGACCAGACGACCAGAAACUGAAUCAAGCUUCAAUGUGUUUUACUAUCUGAUGGCUGGAGUAGACGCAGCUCUAAAGACUGAACUACAUUUUAAUCACUUUGCUGAGAACAGCUCAUUUGGGCUCCUCCCUCACUCAAAGCCCGAGGACAAGCAGAAAUCCGCUCAGCAGUUCACUAAGCUACAGGCUGCCAUGAAGGUCCUGGGCAUCUCUGCUGAAGAACAGAAAACCGUGUGGCUGAUCAUAGGGGCCAUAUACCACCUCGGGGCCGCUGGGGCCACCAAAGAAACCGAUGCAGCGGGCCGAAAGCAGUUCGCCAGGCAUGAGUGGGCACAAAAAGCAGCGUAUCUUUUGGGCUGCACGCUCGAAGAGCUGUCAUCCGCCAUCUUUAAAACACAGGGCAAGGGCACCCUUCCCCGCUCCUCAAGUGUCCGGCAGAGUGCAGAUGAUACGGAUAACUCAGUGUCUAAAGCAACAGCAGCUGAGUGUUUGGAGUUUAUGGCCUCUGGUUUAUACUCUGAGCUUUUCACGCUCAUUAUCUCUCUCAUCAACAGAGCGCUGAAGUCCAGUCAGCAUUCUCUCUGUUCUCUGCUGAUUGUGGACACACCGGGGUUCCAGAACCCUCGUCAGGUGAAGAACCAGCGGGGCGCCACGUUUGAGGAGCUCUGCCAUAAUUAUGCUCAGGAACGUCUGCAGACGCUGUUCCAGGAGCGAACAUUCGUACGGGAACUGGAGCGUUACAAAGAGGAAAACAUUGAGAUUACACUGGAUGACCUUGAGCCAAGCCCUUCUCGCUCAGUAGCUGUGGUUGAUCAGUCUUCCAGUCAGACCCUGGUACGUACUCUGUCCCGGACAGAUGAGGCCAGAGGUUUGUUUUGGAUGAUGGAGGAGGAGGUUUUGCAGCCGGGAGGGUCCGAGGAAACACUCCUGCAGCGACUCUUCAGUUACUACGGCCCUGCAGAGGGAGAAAGCACAGGUCACACAGUGGUGCUUAAAAGUGAAAACACACAUCACUUCCUGCUCGGCCACAGUCACGGGACAGAUUGGGUGGAAUAUGACACACAUGGAUGGCUGAACCUAGCCAGGCUAAAUCCCACCCCCCAGAACGCAGCCAAUCUGCUGCAGAACUCCCAGAAGAAGAGCAUCAGCGGGAUGUUUGUGGGCCGCUCUAGUAGUGCUGCGGUUCUGACCGGCUCCAUCGCCGGACUAGAGGGCGUCUCUCAGCUUGCUAUGCGGCGGGCCACCAGCAUGAGGAAGACCUUCACCACAGGCAUGGCGGCUGUCAAAAAGAAGUCUCUCUGUCUUCAGAUUAAACUCCAAGUGGAUGCACUGAUGGACACCGUGCGCAGAUCCAGGGUUCACUUUGUCCACUGUCUGUUACCCCGAGCGGAGGUUCCUAGGGCCACGGGGUCCCCAGAGGACAGCUGUGAUCCUGGACUCAUGCAGAUGGAUGUGGCUUUACUCAGGGCUCAGAUCCGUGGCUUCAAACUGCUGGACAGCUUGAGGAUUUACCGACAAGGGUACCCUGACCACAUGGUGUUCUCUGAGUUCAGAAGACGCUUUGAUGUUUUGGCCCCUCACCUGACCAAGAAACUGGGCCGAAACUACAUUGUGAAGGAUGAAAAACGAGCAGUAGAGGAGCUUUUGGAGUCUCUGGAACUAGAGAAGACCAGCUAUCACAUGGGCCUGAGCAGGGUGUUCUUUAGGGCUGGAACAGUGGCUAAACUAGAGGGACAGAGGGAUGAACACACCAGACAGAACAUCACGCUGUUUCAGGCCGCCUGCAGGGGCUUUUUGUCUCGACAAGCCUUCAAAAAGAGGAAGAUCCAGGAUUUGGCCAUCCGUUGCGUCCAGAAGAACAUUAAGAAGAAUCGUGGUGUGAAGGACUGGCCCUGGUGGAAGCUCUUCACCACCGUACGACCUCUAGUAGAGGUUCAGCUCACCGAAGAACAAAUUCGAGGAAAAGACGAGGAGAUCAUGCAUCUGAAGUUGAAACUGGAGAAGGUGGAGAAGGAAAGAAAUGAGCUACGGCUGACCUCGGAUCGCUUGGAGAGCCGAAUCACAGAGCUGACGGCAGAGCUUUCAGAUGAGAGAAAUUCUGCAGAGUCAACGUCCCAGCUGCUGGAGACGGAAACAAGUGAAAGACUGCGUUUGGAGAAGGACAUGAAGGACAUGCAGGUGAAGUUUGACGCUGUGAAGAAACAGAUGGAGUCCAUGGAGAUGGAGAUCAUGGAGGCCAGACUCCUCCAUGCAUCAGAACUCAACGGCGAGAUGGACAAUGAUGGCGAUGAUUCUGGAGGUGAAUGGAGGCUGAAAUAUGAACGUGCCAUCAGAGACACAGAAUUCACAAAGAAAAAACUCCAGCAGGAGAUGGAUGACAAGUUGGAGACAGAACAACAGAACAAGAGACACUUGGAGAGAAAAUUAGCGGACUUGCAGGCUGACCAAGAGGAGUCCCAGCGAUCAGUCCAGCAGCUGAAGAAGAAAUGCCAGCGGCUGGCAGCUGAACUGCAAGACACCAAACUGCACCUGGAAAAUCAAGAGGGACGCAACCAUGAGCUGGAGAGAAAGCAGAGGAAGUUUGAUGUGGAGAAGAACCAGUUUCACGAGGAGCUACAGAAGGAGAGGAACCAACGGGAGAAACUGGGCAGAGAAAGAGAUAUGCUAACUGGCGAGGUGUUUACAAUCAGACAACAGCUACAGGAGAAGGACACAGAGCUGUGCACGGUCAAUCUGAAAAUAGAGCAGCUGGAAUCCGAGCUCCAGGAUCUCUCCUCUCAGGAGUCGAAAGAUGAGGCUUCACUCGCGAAGGUUAAAAAGCAACUGCGUGACCUGGAAGCAAAGGUCAAGGAUCAAGAGGAGGAGCUUGACGAACAGGCCGGAACCAUUCAGAUGCUGGAACAGGCUAAACUCCGUUUGGAAAUGGAGAUGGAAAGAUUGAAACAAACGCACUCUAAAGAGCUGGACAGUAAAGAUGAAGAAGUGGAGGAGAUCCGACUGUCCUGCAGUAAAAAGCUGAAGCAGAUGGAAGUGCAGUUAGAGGAGGAAUAUGAUGAUAAACAGAGAGUUCUGAGAGAAAAGAGAGACAUGGAGUCCAAACUGAUGAUGGCACAGGAACAGGUUGGUCAAAAGGAUGUAGAGACAGAGAAACGUCUCAGGAAGGAUCUGAAGCGCACAAAAGUUCUUCUGGCUGAUGCCCAAAUGAUGCUAGACCACCUAAAGAGUAAUGUGCCCAGCAAAAGAGAGAUCACCGCACUCAAAAAUAAGUUGGAGGAGUCAGAGUUUGCCUGCACAGCCGCAGUAAAAGCACGCAAGUCUAUGGAGCUGGAAAUUGAAGACCUUCAUAUCCAGAUGGAUGACAUCACCAAAGCCAAGAUGGCUUUGGAGGAACAGAUAAGUCGUCUGCAGAGAGAGAAGAACGACCUGCAGUCUCGCUUUGAGGAGGAUCAGGAGGACAUGAACGAACUCAUGAAGAAACACAAAGCUGCAGUGGCUCAGUCUACAAGAGAUCUGGCGCAGAUCAGUGACCUGCAAGCCCAGGUGGAGGAGGCCAUGAAGGAAAAGCAAGAGAUCCUGGACAAGCUUCACUCCCUGCAGUCACAGCUUGAAUUUCAGGAACAGUCUAUGGUGGAGAAAUCGCUGGUCAGCCGUCAGGAAGCCAAAAUCCGUGAACUGGAGACCAAACUAGAAUAUGAGAGGACCCAGACUAAACGUCUGGAGUCUCUUGUAACACGGCUGAAGGAAAACCUGGAGAAGAUGACUGAGGAAAGAGACCAGCGUAUUGCCAGCGAAAACCGGGAGAAGGAUCAAAACAAGCGCAUGCAACGGCAGAUCCGGGACAUAAAGGAGGAGAUGACUGAACUGUCUAAGAAAGAGGCAGAAGCCAGUCGCAAAAAACACGAGCUGGAAAUGGAUAUUGAAAGUCUGGAAGCAGCCAAUCAGAGCUUACAAGCAGAUUUGAAGUUGGCCUUUAAGCGGAUUGGGGACCUGCAGGCUGCUAUGGAAGAUGAAAUGGAGACGGAUGAUGAUGAUGACCUCAUCAACAGUUUACAAGACAUGGUGACAAAGUAUCAGAAAAGAAAGAACAAAACUGGAGAUGAAUCAGAUAUGGACUCUGAGGUGGAGGACCGUGUGGAUGGGGUGAAGUCAUUGCUGUCCAAGAGCAAAGUAUCCGUCAAGACACUCUCUGAUGAGGGCACCCAGAAGACCACCAGACACACCAAUGCUGCUAAUGCAGAUGUGAAAGAUAUAAAAGAAGGGAAAGAGGGAAAAGAGGGGAAGGAGGAAGUAAAGAAAGAUUCAGACGAGAGCCGUCCAGUGUCUGUGAUGAGCUCGCUCAGCUACAGGAAACGCUCCCAUCAGAAGGACUGGAAUGGAGGUGCAGGGGAUGACAGUUCUCUCUUCAGUGCCCUUCGGGAGCAGCCGGACAUGCCUGACCGAGUGUUGUUGCGCAAAGCUAAAAGCAAAUCCGCAGACAGGCCUCAGACUGGUGAUGACCUGGAUGACCGGGGUUCAGUGAUCUCCCAGGCUUACUCUGAGGCUUACUCUCGGGCCAGGAAAGGCCUAGACCGUCGGUGGACCAAAAGCAGUCCAGAAUUUGACAAGGAGUCCAUUGUGUCUUCGGUUGCCCCGAGCCGAGCUUCCACACGCCGCGGGAUGGAGCAAGAUGAUGAUGCUCUUUCUGGUGUAAGUAGCUUCAGCUUGCGACGUAGUACUUCUUGGAUGGAUGACAGCCACAGCGAUUUUGGGCCAACAAGUACCACGAGCCAACGAUCUAGAAGCCGCAGUCCUGGAAGCACCAGCGUCGGCUCACGAAUCUCCCUGGCCCGCAGCACCCGACUUAGCGAAUUUGGUGUUCGUUUGAAUAAUGAUGAGGUUGAUGACGAUGAUGAUGUUGACUCAGUGAGCGUGGCCGCAUACAGUCCACGCUCGGUGGGCCGUAGUCUGUCCACGCCUGCCCAGCUACGCUCCUCUGAGAACCCACUGGACGCCUCUGACGUUAAGCCUGUGAGCCACCGCAACUACCUGGACCCUGAGCUGGAAAAAGCGAUCAAUGAAGUGUUGAGCUUCAAGCCAAUUAAAUUCAAACGCCGCAGCUUAGAAGACUCCGAUGAAGAAGAGGAAGGAGGUGGCGGUGCAGGAGAGGAAGAAGACAGGAAGAGCAUCAAAGGUUUAUUAUUGCAAGACAAGGAUGAUGAAGGUCUAGGCCUCAGCGGGUCUACUCUAAGACGCUCAGCUUCAGGUUCUGCUGUAGAUUCUGGACGCUCUGGAAGCUCGCUAAGUUCCUUCAGCUCCAAGAGCAGCAAGAAGAAGAACAAGAAAAAGAACAGGCGCUCUGAGUCUGACAGCUCAGAUGAGGGUCGUACUAGGCGGCAUUCAAGGCAGAAAGAAAAGAGACGAUCGAGAAGCUCAAGAAAGAAAGACUCUGGAUCGUCCAAAUCAGAAUCUGACUCUGAAUCAUCAUCUUCAAGCUCUGCAUCAACAGUUUCAUACCGUAGCUCAAACAGCGUGAAGAGAACCCCAGCACAGAAAGCCUCAGACGGGGGUCUGGAAAGUCCUGACGAGGAACGACCCUCCAGCAGAAAAGAAAUGAAGAAACAGAAGAAGAAGGUGGACAGUCUGGUUAUGAAGUAUCUCUACAAGCCCGACAGUGAUUAAGGAUCAUUAACAGGUGACCCCUGAAUGGGCCAGAUUGAGGAUUGAUGUUUUCAAGAAGCUUCUCUCUAAACGCAUGAUGUGUUCUCCUGUGUGUUAAACUCUAAAUAAUGUAAAAACAUUAAUGACCUCCUUUGUAUCACUGAAAAAGCAUGCCAUGACACUGUUGCCUGAACAUGGUUUUGGGUUUGGACACAGAGUUUCAAAGUGUGGCCACACAGAGAACUGUACUAACACAAAUACUUAUCUUGAUUUUGUUAAGUAGAGCAUUUAUUAUUGGUUCUGGAACAAUAAAUUAUCAGUCAGAUUGUCGGUGGGGGAAGUGAAUGAUCAGCGACCUUGACCCUUCAGAAAGGCACUGCACCCCCAACUGCUCCCCGGGCACUGCAGCAGUAUGGUUGCCCACUGCUCCGGGUGUGCGUUCACUACUCUGUGUGUGUGUGUACUUGGAUGGGUUAAAUGCAGAGCACGAAUUCCGGUCCUUUCCUUUUCAUAAAAGUCCUUUCCGUUCUCAAAGCUUAUGGUUUUUUAUUGGAUUUUUGUUCCAGAACCAACAAAAGAUGUUUUAGGAAAAACAGUUAUUGUACACAAAGCGUUAGAGAUACUGGAGUAGUUUAAAUUGAUAAUUCAGCAAGACCUUAUUGCAAACAGAGUGGACGCUUUGGGAACUACUGUAGAUGUCUAUUUUUGACCAGUCAGGGACAAUUCACUCUUGACUUUUGUCCUGCUAUCGAUCUCUGCAUGGCAUUUUGCCCGUGUGACCUCUUGCAAGGGAUAAGUUUGAAGGUGUGACUAUAACCUUCUCUUCCUGUUUCUAAAAAAAUCUU